GCUGACUAUAUAAAUGCAUCCUUCGAGGCUUCGAACCCAAAGAAGAAAAAGAAAAAGGCUCUCUCUUCUCCAAACACUAAAUCGUUCGCUUCCUGGAGAGCUCUUCUGCAAAUCGUCUCUGUAAAUCCUUCUGAGAUUCCUUCAUUUACACUUUAUGGUUAUCUGUUCCUUCAAUAGGCAGAGUUACUGAUUUUUGGGUUUCCAAUGGCGGCAAAUGGAAAUGCCUCCGGGAAAGGCAAUAGUUACACUAUUGAUCUUGAAACCUUCAGCAAACGCUUGAAAGCAUUUUACUCUCACUGGAAAGAGAACAAGACUAAUUUCUGGGCUGCCUCGGAUGCAAUUGUUAUUGCAACACCCCCUGCUUCGGAGGAUCUUCGCUACUUGAAAUCCUCCGCUCUGAACUUGUGGUUGUAUGGUCUGGAGUUCCCUGAAACUAUUAUGGUUUUCAUGGACAAGCAAAUCCACUUCUUGUGUGGUCAGAAGAAGGCAUCACUGCUUAAUGAAGGGAAAAAAUCCACAAAGGACUCUGUUGGUGCUGAAACUGUGAUGCAUAUUAAGGGGAAGAAUGAUGAUGGUACUGCAUUGAUGGAUGAUAUUUUCCAGGCUAUUUCAGAGUCAAGUGGUAAUGGCUCCCCUAUUGUUGGAUACAUUGCGAAGGAGGCACCUGAAGGUAAUCUGCUGGAGUUGUGGAGUGACAAACUGAAAACAUCCAACCUCCAACUUGCUGAUGUAACUAAUGGGUUUUCAGAGCUAUUCGCUGUCAAAGACAACACUGAGAUUACUAACGUCAAGAAAGCUGCAUUUCUGUCUUCUUCUGUGAUGAAGCAUUUUGUUGUGCCGAAGCUUGAGAAGAUUAUUGAUGAGGAGAAGAAAGUUACACAUUCGUCGUUGAUGGAAGACACUGAGAAGGCUGUUCUGGAACCUGCAAAGGUCAAGGUGAAGCUGAAAGCAGAUAAUGUUGAUAUUUGUUACCCUCCAAUCUUUCAGAGUGGGGGAGAGUUUGAUCUCAGGCCUAGUGCUUCUAGCAAUGAAGAUAAUUUGUAUUAUGAUUCAGCAAGUGUGAUUAUAUGUGCUGUUGGUUCUCGUUAUAACAGUUACUGCUCAAAUGUGGCAAGGACAUUUCUUAUCGAUGCAAAUGCAAUGCAAAGUAAAGCUUAUGGGGUUCUCCUCAAGGCCCAGGAGGCAGCGAUUGGUGCUUUAAAGGCAGGGAGCAAGGUCAGUGCGGCUUAUGAAGCUGCCCUUGCAGUGGUUGAGAAAGAUGGUCCUGAGCUUGUUCCGAACCUGACUAAGAUAGCAGGAACAGGAAUUGGAUUGGAGUUCCGUGAAUCAGGUCUGAAUUUGAAUGCCAAGAACGACAGGAUAUUGAAAGCAGGGAUGGUGUUUAACGUUUCCCUUGGGUUUCAGAACUUGCAAGCACAGACAAACAAUCCAAAGACAGAAAAGUUUUCUUUGUUGCUUGGUGAUACUGUUAUUGUUAAAGAAAAUAUUCCAGAAAUUGUGACCAUGAUUAGCUCAAAAGCCGUGAAGGAUGUGGCUUACUCGUUCAAUGAGGACGAUGAGGAAGAAGAAGCAAAACCUAAAGCUAAAGCAGAGCCUAACGGCAGUGAAGCUUUGUUGUCUAAAGCCACUCUCAGAUCAGACAACCAGGAGAUGUCGAAGGAAGAGUUGCGAAGGCAGCAUCAGGCCGAACUCGCUCGGCAGAAAAAUGAAGAGACGGCAAGGAGGUUGGCUGGGGGUGGAUCUGGCACAGGAGAUGGUCGUGGUGUAGCUAAAGCUUCAAGUGAUCUAAUUGCCUAUAAGAAUGUAAAUGAUGUUCCACCUUCUAGGGAAUUGAUGAUUCAAAUUGACCAGAGGAAUGAAGCUAUCAUCUUACCGCUCUAUGGGAGCAUGGUCCCAUUCCAUGUGGCCACAGUCAAGAGUGUGAGUAGUCAGCAGGAUAACAGAACUUGUUAUAUCAGGAUUAUCUUUAAUGUACCUGGGACAGCAUUCAUUCCUCAUGAUGCAAACUCGAAUUCUCACAAGGCUAUCUAUUUGAAGGAGGUCUCGUUUCGCUCCAAGGACCCGAGACAUAUCAGUGAAGUGGUAAACAUGAUCAAAACUCUCCGGCGGCAGGUUGCAUCGAGGGAAUCAGAGAGGGCAGAGAGAGCCACUUUGGUCACUCAGGAGAAGCUGCAACUGGCGGGUACCAAGUUUAAGCCAUUGCGGUUAUCUGACCUCUGGAUACGCCCUCCAUUUGGAGGAAGAGGUAGAAAGCUUUCUGGUACUCUUGAAGCUCAUGUCAAUGGUUUUCGCUAUUCAACUAGUAAGCCAGAUGAGCGUGUUGAUAUUAUGUAUGGGAAUGUCAAGCAUGCUUUCUUCCAGCCUGCAGAGAAAGAGAUGAUCACUCUCUUGCACUUUCACUUGCACAACCACAUUAUGGUGGGUACUAAAAAGACCAAAGAUGUUCAGUUUUAUGUUGAAGUGAUGGAUGUGGUGCAGACCCUGGGUGGUGGAAGGAGAUCUAACCAUGAUCCAGAUGAAAUUGAGGAAGAGCAGAGGGAGAGGGAUAGGAAGAACAGGAUUAACAUGGAUUUCUCAAACUUCGUCAACAAAGUGAAUGAUCUAUGGGGGCAACCCCAGUUCAGAGGGAUGGACCUUGAGUUUGACCAGCCACUUAGGGAACUUGGCUUCCACGGUGUGCCUUACAAGGCAUCGGCCUUUAUUGUCCCAACUUCGAGUUGCCUGGUGGAGCUUAUUGAAACACCAUUCUUAGUAGUGUCCUUAAAUGAGAUUGAGAUUGUAAAUCUGGAGCGUGUUGGACUUGGUCAGAAGAAUUUUGACAUGACAAUUGUGUUUAAAGACUUCAAACGUGAUGUUCUUCGAAUAGACUCAAUUCCCUCGACUGCGCUGGAUGGCAUCAAGGAGUGGUUGGAUACCACAGACCUGAAGUACUACGAGAGCAGGCUGAACCUGAACUGGAGGUCUAUAUUGAAGACAAUCACAGAUGACCCGGAGAAGUUCAUCGAGGAUGGUGGAUGGGAGUUCCUAAACAUGGAGGUAAGUGACUCCGGGUCUGACGAGUCUGAAGAAUCAGAUCAAGGGUAUGAACCUUCGGAUGGACAGUCAGAAUCUGCAUCAGAUGAGGAUGAUUCAAGUGGUGGAUCACUGGUGGAGUCGGAAGAAGAUGAAACGGAAGAGUCAGAAGAAGAAUCAGACGAGGAGGAGAAAGGGAAGUCAUGGGAGGAGUUGGAGAGAGAGGCUAGCAAUGCAGACAGGGAAAAAGGGGUAGAGUCGGACAGUGAAGAAGAGAGGAAAAGGAGGAAGAUGAAGGCCUUUGGGAAGUCUAGGGUCCCUGAUAGGAGGGACCCUAGGGGUAGUGGUGGUCCUCCCAAGAGAACCAAGUUGAGGUAGGAAAACAGAACUUCUUGUAAAAAUGGUUCUAGACUCUGUAGUUUGCCAUGAUGUGGUGCAAGCAAGAGUAGAGGUAGUAUAGUUGGGUAGAUAAAUGAUGAAGACGGUAGUUUUUAUUCCUGAGCGGAAUUAAGGUCCAUUUAGAUAUUUUCUUUUUGGUUUUCUUUGUUUUUGUUUUUGGGUGAGGGAUGUUUAGGGAAACAAAAGCAGCAGUAAUUACUUGGUAUUUUCCUCUUGAGCUGUAAGAGUGACGUUGUAUGAACUAACAAGAGAUUGUGGGUUCAUUUUUUUUAUCUUUUAUAUACAU